AUGGACCCGGACAAGCAGCGCCAGCACGACGGCGACGGCGGCGGCGCCGCCGCCGCGGAGGCGGACAUCGAGCGUCUCCCCGUCGACCUCCUCGCGCACAUCCUCUCCCUCCUGUCGCCCUUCUGCGACCUGUCCAUGGCUGGGGGAGUGAGCCGGAGGUGGCGCUGGGCCGUCGAGCGGGCGCUGGCGUCGCGGCGGCGGCUGAGCUUCGCGGGCCAGCGCACCGGCAACGACACCGCCGCGCGCCUCAUCCGCGCCGCCGUCAACCUCCGCGACCUCGACAUUUCACGAAGCUGCUGGGGCUGCCAUAUUACCGACGAAGGCUUGAUCAAGAUUUCGUCCGCGGAUUGCGUCGCCAACCUGACGUCCAUAUCGCUCUGGGGAUUGGCCGGCAUCACCGACAAGGGCGUGGUUCAUCUGGUUUCAAGGGCUUAUUCUCUGCAGCACCUGAACAUUGGUGGAACAUUUAUCACAGAUGAAUCCCUGUGUGCAGUUGCAAACAGCUGCACAAAUCUGAAGAGCAUCAUCCUGUGGAGCUGCCGCCACGUGACGGAGGCCGGGCUGGUGGCGCUGGUGAACAAGUGCCGGCGGCUGGAGUGCAUCAACGUCGGCGGGAUGCGGGUGCCGCCGGAGAGCUUCGUGGGCCUGCUUUCCAUCAGCCCCGCCCUGCAGAUCAGGUCCAUCCCCCGCAUCCUCAACGCCGGCGUGCAGGUCUCCUGA